AUGAUGAAACGAUCAACACCAGCAACAUCUAUCAACUUCACGCUGGAAUUAAUUAGGAUUUGCGAGAGGGUUAGAGAAAUCCUACGGGGUACUGGAAUAGACGACUAUACAGCGUCUUUAUUGAGGUCGUGUCCAUGGAAUGAACUGGAAUGUGACCCGGUUGUGUGGGCGAUCUACAAUCGUGGUUGGCAUGACUGGACGGCAGACGUCACCCAUAUCUAUAACGCUCCAAUAAUAGGAAUGGAAUACGGAACGGAACGCUACGUUGGGGAAUUGAAAGAGCUUAUACAGAGGAGAAGAGUCAUCGUGGAGAGUCAAGGUGGUGAGCUAAACGCUAUGGCCCGUAUUGCGGUUAUAGCGAUCACGUUUUCAGUGGCCAAAAUACGAAGUGAUCCGAUUCUGUGGGCGGCCUACACACGCGCUUGGGAGGACCGGACAGCUGUAGAGAAUUUCAACCGGAGUCUCUAG